AUGCAGGCGUUGGAGGCAUGGUUACGGGAUAGAGGGUUGCAGGAAGCAUUUGAGAAGAUCCUCACUGGUCCGCUCGACUAUCUAAGAGAAAACCCUGGCAAGGACAUCCGAGCCAAGCUGAUUGACGCAUUUAACGAAUUCCUCGAGGUGCCAAACGACAAGCUAGACGUGAUCAAACGGAUCAUCGACCUUCUGCACAAUGCUUCUUUGCUUAUUGACGAUAUCCAAAAUUCAUCGACGCUGCGGCGCGGUGUCCCAGUCGCUCAUAGCAUCUUCGGAGUAGCCCAGACAAUCAACUCAGCCAAUUAUGCCUAUUUUAUCGCACAACGAGAGCUGACGAACCUUACGAACCCGCUUUCAUUCAGCAUCUACACCGAAGAGCUAAUCCACUUACACCGCGGCCAGGGCAUGGAAUUGCACUGGCGCGAUACCAUGCAAUGUCCGUCCGAGGUGGAAUACAUCGAAAUGGCCUUGGACAAGACUGGGGGUCUCUUCCGGCUAGCAAUCCGGCUUAUGCAGGCUGAAAGUGCCAGUGGUACUGACUACGUCCCGCUUGUGGAGACUCUCGGACUUCUUUUCCAGAUCAGGGAUGAUUAUCAGAAUCUACAAAGCGAUACUUAUUCCACGAACAAGGGGUUUUGUGAAGACAUUGGGGAGGGGAAGUUCUCGUAUCCGAUUAUUCACAGCAUUCGGUCUCGGCCGGGGGACCUUCGCCUGCUGAGCAUAUUGAAGCAGCGCAGCGAGGAUAUCACAGUUCGGAAGUAUGCAGUCGAGUAUAUCGACUCUACCGGAAGCUUUGACUAUUGUGAACGCAAAAUCAUUUCACUAAUGCAGCAGGCCAGAGAGCAAGUAAGGAGGUCUAUUGCAGAUACUACACACCGUGGAUCACAGAUCGAAAAGAUUUUGAACAUGCUAGAGAUCGACAAGAAAUGA